AUUUAUUUACGCUCCUUAUACGCGUGGGAAUAAGGAGUUUACAACUGUCAAAGAAGAAGAAGCAGCAAGUGUUGGUAAAGAGCUUUGAAUUCUAAAGAACAUUGGAGCAGACGUUGCCACCGUUUAAGCCAUCAGUUUUUAGACUACUUAUUAUGAGGACUCCAUUCAACAGUCUUGGAAGAUAAAGACCCAGGGGCCGAAGAUGAUAAUAGGAAGAGCAGUUAGAAGGAGAUCAUUGCUAUCAUCAUCAUUACGGUGGAUUUCAGUUUGCAGCAGCGAAGCAGAAGUGAAUGGGAAGCAGAGAGUGGCAGCCCUUUGGGGGAACGGUGAUCAUGGGAGGCUAGGGCAUGGGAGUCUUGAGUCGCGGUGGACCCCGUGUCCUCUUCCUUCUUCUGCUUUCCAUAAUCAAAGCCUCCGUCAGAUUGCCUGUGGCGGUGCUCAUACUCUCUUUCUUACAGAAAAUGGUCGUGUUUAUGCCAGUGGACUCAAUGAUUAUGGACAGCUAGGGGUGUCAGAUGAUAGAGCUUAUAUAACUGAACCACGUGGAGUUGCUGGACUACCCAAAGAAAUUGUAAAAGUUUCAGCUGGUUAUCAUCAUUCUUCCGCUAUUACAGUGGAUGGAGAACUUUAUAUGUGGGGGAAGAACACAAAUGGUCAGCUUGGCCUUGGAAAGAAAGCUGCUAUGGUACUGUCUAUACCCAAUAAAGUUGAAUGUUUGAACGGAGUCACAAUCAAAAUCAUUUCCUUAGGUUUCGAACACUCAAUUGCUGUAACAGACAAAGGUGAGACUUUGAGUUGGGGUGGGGGACGAUCAGGAAGACUUGGUCAUGGACAUCAAUCAAGCAUUUUUGGACUCUUAAAAAGUGACAGUGAAUACACACCUCGACUUAUUAAGGAACUUGAGGGGUUGAAGGUUAAGAAUGCGGCUGCUGGAAUGUUGCAUUCUCUCUGCAUCAGCGAGAAUGGAUCAGUACAUUUUUUUGGUGAAAGAGCAAAUAAGAAAUUGGGCUAUAGUGAAGCAUCGAAUAAUUCGGUACCAUCUAUGGUAGAUGAACUUCCAUAUUCUGAAAAGGCUGCAUGUGGAGGCUAUCAUACCUGCGUUAUUACAGGUGGCCGAGAACUGUACGUGUGGGGCACCAAUGAAAAUGGGUGUCUUGGUAUUGGUUCUACAGAUGUCGCUCAUACACCUGAAAGAGUUGAAGGACCAUUUUUGAGGCAUUCAGUAUCUGAGGUAUCCUGUGGUUGGAAGCAUACGGCUGCAAUUUCUGGAGGAAACGUUUACACUUGGGGAUGGGGAGGCUCCCAUGGAACAUUUUCUGUAGACGGACAAUCUUCUGGCGGACAAUUGGGUCAAGGAAAUGAUGUUGAUUACAUUAAGCCUACAAAAGUCAACUUUCAUAGACAUGUAAAAGCAUUGGAAGUAUCAUGUGGGUUUAAUCAUACGGGUGCUAUACUUGAAUACAGCUAAAUCAGUAUCGUUAUUUCUCUGCACUCUCUCUCUCUCUCUAUAUAUAUAUACACACACACACACAAAACUUCUGGGAGUGGAGAACUCCUUACAGAAGGUUCAGCAAUAUCAGAAUGUGAUUGCCUGUCGUAAGUUCAACUUCACGUUCACAUAAAUAAGCAGUCUGUUAUUCCAGCUAUAUACUCUGCCGACGCAUGAUUAUAGGAUCCUUUUCUUGUCUUGAAGUUUUUCUCGUCUUACUGACUUGUAACCUUUAUGCUGAACCUGUUUAUACCCAGUUUGUGCCUUAUAAAUCGUACUACCUUGUAUCAAAUAAAAUAUCUAUUGUACUUCUUA